AAACUUUUACCUAGUUUUCAUUUCUGCUUUUCUGUAGAACUAAAAUUACAGUUCAUGGGAGGAAUAGAAUGGCCGGUGAUCGGAAUCGAUCUCGGUACCACUUACUCUUGUGUUGCAAUUUGGCGGCACGACCGUGUCGAAAUCAUUACCAACGACCAAGGCAACCGCACGACCCCAUCGUGCGUCGCUUUUACUGAAUCCCACCGGCUUAUUGGAGAAGGUGCCAAGAACCAAGCUUCCUUCAACACCGCCAAUACUAUCUUUGAUGCAAAGAGGCUUAUUGGCAGAAGAUUCAGUGAUGAGAUUGUACAAAACGACAUGUUGUUGUGGCCAUUCAAGGUUGUAGGUUGUACUGAUCCAGGAAAAGAUGCUAAGCCUAUUAUUGUGGUCACCUAUAAGGGUGAGGAGAAGAGAUUCACACCCGAGGAGUUAUCUGCAAUGGUCCUGAUGAAGAUGAAAGAUAUUUCCGAGGCUUUCCUUGGCACCUCAGUGAAGAAUGCUGUUGUCACAGUUCCAGCAUAUUUUAAUGAUUCCCAACGUCAGGCAACAAAAGAUGCUGGUGCCAUUGCAGGGCUCAAUGUUGUUCGUAUAAUUAAUGAGCCUACGGCUGCUGCCAUGGCUUAUGGUCUUGACACAAAGGCUAAUGGUAGUGACACCCCUGAAAAAAUUGUUUUAGUAUUUGACCUUGGCGGUGGAACAUUUGAUGUCUCCUUGGUAGCCAUAAAAAAGGGUGAAUUUAAAGUUAAAGCUGUCAGUGGUGACACCCACCUUGGUGGAGGGGACUUUGACAACAGAUUGUUAAGUUAUCUUGUGGAAGAGAUAAACAGGAAGCACAAAAAAGACAUUAGUGGCAAUCAUAGGGCUCUUGGAAGAUUGAGGGCUGCUUUGGAGAGAGCCAAAAGGGAACUUUCAUCAGCUCCCCAAACAACUAUUGCAAUUGAUUGCCUUUUUGAGGGUAUUGAUUUUACUUCAACCAUAACUCGUGCAAGGUUUGAGAAAUUAAAUAUGGAUUUGUUUAAAACUUGUGUGGAUACAGUUGAAAAGUGCUUACAAGAUGCCAAGGUGGAAAAGCACAAUGUUCAUGAUGUUGUCUUAGUAGGUGGAUCAACUCGUAUACCAAAGAUUCGGCAAUUGCUGCAAUCAUUUUUUGAUGGCAAGGAGCUCUGCAAAAAUAUUAAUCCAGAUGAGGCUGUUGCUUAUGGUGCAGCUAUCCAAGCUGCUAUAAUGUGUGAUGUUGGUAGCAGUUUUAAGGAUAUCACUCUUGUGGAUGCAACACCUAUUUCUCUUGGUCUUGAGGAUUAUCCUGAUGGUAAGAUGAGUGUUGUGAUUCCUAGGAAUACAAUCAUCCCAGCAAAGAUGUAUCAAAGUAGGUACAAUGCAACAGACAAUCCAACAGAUGUGUCUUUCUAUGUGUUUGAGGGUGAGCGAUCCAUAGCUAAAGAAAAUAAUUUAUUGGGUGAGUUUAAAGUUGCAGGUUUCCCACCAGCACCAAAAGGUUUCAUCAAUUUUGAUGUGUGGUUCAAUAUUGAUUUUGACGGCAUUCUUACAGUAUCAGCGGUAGAAACAAGGACAGGAAGCAAGAAUGAAAUUACUAUUCGUAAUCAUAAAGGUCGACUUUUAAAGGAAGACAUAGACAGAAUGAAAGAAGAAGCUAAAAAUUACAAGACUCAAGAUGAGGAGUAUAAGAAGAUGAUGGAAGCCAAAAAUGCACUUGAAAACUAUGCCAAUAACAUGCGAGAAGCAGUGUUUGAUUAUGGGAAGAUUGAGAUUGGCACUAAUGAGAAGAAAGUACAGGAUGCCAUCGAGCAGACACUCCAAUGGCUAGAUGAGAAUUCUGAUGUUGCCGAGGCUUCUAAAUUUGAGGACAAGCUAAAAGAGCUAAAAAGCAUCUGUCAACAUUUCCUUUCGAGGCUUGCUGAUUGACGCCAAGUUAUGCAGCAAUGUUAGUACUCUGAUAUAGUCUGGAGAUCCAAAAGUGAUUGGUAUACCAUCUCUUUUACUUGGAAACUUACUGAUCUUUAAAUUUAAACUGCUACUAGUACUAGUAGGUGAAAGUAAAUAUAGCCUAGAGUUUUACAUGAUUUAAAUAAUUAAUAUUAGAGGAUUGUUUUCCAUCAUUUUCUGAGAUUUAUCUACUUGGCAGCUUGGAAUUAUGCCAAUUUCUUACUUCUUAGUUAGUACUGCUUCUUGUGAUUUGAGACCUACUGUGUUGAGGUUGGUAGUUUGGUUAAAUUUUGGUUUUUGUAUGUUCAUUCCCGCGACUCUGGUUUUGUACUUAAUGUUUCUUUUAUAAUCGUUUGCAAAGUUUCAUUGUGGUACACACAGAUGAACCUGAUUGUUUAUCCCCAAGUUCACUACAGGUGAUGGUUCUUUGUAUAGUACAUUAAUUGACUCGUUUCAACUUCUUCCUCGUCACACAAUUACUAUUUUGUUAAUUUUCAUUUAUUCUAUAGCAACAUAAUAUACUGAAGAAAUGUCUUAAGUUGUUGAUUGAAUAACCUCAGAAAUAACAUAACAUGACAUGGGUUGAGCUAACGACUAUAGCCUUUGGCUUUUAUGUGAAUUCUGUCUAACUUGUUAUGGUUGCAGGCGACCCUAUAUGGAAGAUGCAUAGAUUCACAGUUAAGUGGGAAGUAUUGUGACUUGUUUUGGUACUGUUUUUUGUCAUGUGUUGUUUAUUUGGUGCUUGGUUAGCUACCAUAUACAAGUAUACAACCAUAUAAGUAAUUUUUAUUUAUUCAUUUAUAAAAUUUUGCCUCUCAUGUUUUUAGUUCUGGAUGCAGGGCGGCAUCUUUUUGUUAUUUCAUUCUAUCAAAGAAUAGAAUCAUAGGGACGUCAGAUUCC